AUGCGUUUAUUCAAUUGUUCCACCCUGAAGCUCACCGAGUUCCUCGGCGAGGAUGUCCCCCCAUACGCAGUUCUCUCCCAUCGCUGGCAAGACGAAGAAGUCACUUUCCAGGACAUUCAGUCAGGCAUUUCCCAGGGAAAGAAAGGAUAUGAGAAGGUUUUAGCGUGCUGCACACAAGCCCAACGUGGUGGUCUGGACUAUGUCUGGGUCGAUACCUUCUGUAUCGACAAGACCAGCAGCGCCGAGCUAUCUGAAUCGCUUAAUUCCAUGUACGAUUGGUACCACAAGGCCCAAGUCUGCUAUGCCUUUCUCUGUGAUGUGUUUGAGACCUCCGUUACGGAUGAGGGGAGCUUCAAGGACAGUGUAUGGUUCACCCGUGGGUGGACGUUACAGGAGCUCCUUGCGCCAACGCAGGUGGAAUUCUUCAGCGCAGAAUGGCAUAGCUUGGGAACAAAAUCUGAUCUGAAGGAGAUCAUUGGGAAGAUUACCGGAAUCCAGCAGGAAGUACUGGAUGGACGCAUCAGGCCUCAGGAGCUCAGUGUCAGUCAGCGCAUGUCCUGGGCGGCCGACCGAGUAACUACCAGAAUCGAGGAUAUCGCGUACAGCCUACUGGGAUUAUUCGAAAUCAACAUGCCCAUGCUGUACGGUGAGGGGAAACGCGCAUAUAUCCGACUGCAGGAGGAAAUUAUGAAGCAGUCCGAUGACCAAACGCUGUUUGCAUGGAAGAGUUCGGACGAAAGCUACCGCGGACUUCUGGCCCAGUCGCCGGCCGAUUUUCGCGGCUGCGGUACAUUCGUUCAAUCAAAACACAAGUUGAAUCGAACCCCAUAUUCCGUUACAAACAUGGGAAUUACCAUCGAGCUGGCCGUCGUUCAGUGGAGUAUGGACAUAUAUCUUGCCGCUUUGGACUGCGAAAUCGGUGACAGCCAAGAGCGACUCGCGAUUUUUCUAGCCCCGCUGCCAGACAACAACCAGUAUGCCCGAGUGAUGUGUGAAGGGGAAGACCUACCAGUCUUUCCGUCAAAUCUCGAGUCAGAAUACCGGAAGGUCUAUGUCAGACAGAGGAUUGCAGGUGCGCAGAGACCUCCCGAACGCAUGUAUGGAUUCUGGCUUCGCCAGUUCCCACCUGUCCAUCCUGGCCCCAACUCUCGUUUCGAAGUCACAGCAUACCACCCUUGGGAUGAGACAGAACGCAAACUCCGCAUCCCUCCAGGAAAAAGAGGCACGGCAGGAUUGAUCAGAUACUCGAUGAGGCAGGACUUUGUGGUGAAUCUCCGAGUCGGUUUCGACAGGCUCCUCAACCCAGUUGUCCAAUUCGGUGGCGCUUUAUGGUCCGCACAACGUGGCGCCAGAGUCCGAGAUCCCAACUCCUUUGAAGCUCUUAUGGACGACGAGUGGAUGGACGCACGGAGGGAACGGGUAUUUAUUGGCGACAGAAAUCACGGGCUCAACCUCAACGACAGCACGAUCCGGAUCCUGAUCAUGGAGGAGGUAGUCAAGGGUCAGCGAAUGUGGGUGGUGCACAUCGCAAAACCGGAAGAUGGAGCCUGGCACAAGGAUUGCGUCUGCGACGGGUGCAGACUGACAGUGUUUGGAGCUCGGUAUCGAUGCAAGACUUGUCCGGGAUUCGAUUACUGUUCAGAUUGUAUCAAGUCGGCGGAAACGACACAUGCAGGACAUGAAUUCGAUGAGGAUCGGCCAGCUUGGCACGCGGGAGUGUACUGUGAUAACUGCGGCGAGGGCAUUUACGGCAGUCGAUAUAAGUGUCAUGACUGUGGAGACUAUGAUUUGUGUUGUUAUUGCAAGCCGGCAUCAGAGCAAAUCCACCCGAAGCAUCGAUACAAGGAGAUCAAAUCUCCUGAUAAUUGA